GGCCAUAGCAGAGUACCUAUCUCAAGAUCUUCCAUACAAGCUAUCAGCAGAUGAUGUUUAUUUGACACUUGGAUGCACACAAGCAAUUGAAGUCAUAUUAUCAGUCCUUGCUCGCCCCAAAGCCAAUAUUCUAUUGCCAAGACCGGGCUUCCCAUAUUAUGAAGCGCGCUGUAGAUAUAGCCAUCUUGAAUUCCGUCACUUUGAUCUUCUUCCAGAGAAAGGUUGGGAGGUUGAUCUUGAUCAAGUUGAAGCACUUGCGGAUGAAAAUACUGUCGCGAUGGUUAUUGUGAACCCUGGCAAUCCUUGUGGAAAUGUCUUUACAUACCAACAUCUAAAGAAGGUUGCUGAGACUGCAAGAAAGCUUGGGAUAUUAGUGAUUGCUGAUGAAGUUUAUGAUCAUCUUACUUUCGGGAGCAAUCCAUUUGUUCCCAUGGGGGUCUUUGGAUCAAUUGCUCCUGUUAUCACGGUUGGGUCUAUAUCGAAGAGGUGGAUUGUUCCGGGUUGGCGACUUGGUUGGCUUGUUACCAAUGAUCCCAACGACAUCCUCAAGCAACACGAGAUUGCCAAUUGCAUUACGGGUUUUCUCAAUAUAUCCUCUGAUCCUGCAACCUUCAUUCAGGGGGCAGUUCCACAAAUCCUUGAGAAAACUAAUGAGGAUUUUUUCUCAAAGAUCCUUACCAUUCUGAAAGAAGCUGCAGACUUUUGUUAUCAUGCAAUCAUGGAGAUCCCUUGCAUAACUUGCCCAAGCAAACCCGAAGGAUCUAUGUUCGUAAUGGUGAAACUAAAUCUCUCACUUCUGGAAGGCAUUACUGAUGAUGUGGACUUCUGUGUUAAACUGGCAAAGGAGGAAUCCGUGAUAGUUAUGCCUGGGGUAGCUGUAGGACUCAAGAAUUGGCUUCGCAUAACUUUUGCCAUUGAGCCAUCGUCUCUUAAAGAAGGCCUCGAAAGGAUCAAAGCUUUCUAUCAAAGGCAUGCCAAGAAACAAUAAAAUCUAUUCCUCGCAUUCUUAGAAUCAGGUGAAGAAUAACUCCUGUAAUUUCGCGAUGUCCCCCAUCGGAGACAUGGGUUCUGUUCUAAGGAUUCAAGUGGUGAUGAUCAUCAACUCUGCGUUGGGAUCACAGGUCAUCUGAAAUGGUGGCAUAAUAAUUCUUCUUGUUCAAUAAAUUUGAUAAACCUUUGGGAGGAAUUAUUGUCAAACUUAUAAACAAGUUUUAGGAUGUAAAUCUGUAUUGGUGAUGUAUUC